GCGUGGCCGGCGCGGGGCGGGCGGGUCUCCGAAGGUGGCAACUUUCCGGGGGCCCCCGGUGCUCGGGCGCAGCGGGGAGGCCGGGCCGGGCCUGGCCGGGGCUCGAUCGCCCGGCGUCGGGAAAUGGCGACAGGAAGUCGGAUGGAGGACGGUUCCGUGGACAUCAUCCAGAGUGUGGAGGACGAGCCCCUCCUGGGUGCCCAGCUUCCCCCGCAGCACUCCCUGCAGGCUCACUUCAGACCCAGGUUCCAUCCGGUCCCCACGGUCCUCAUAGCAAGUCUUCUCUUGGUUUUACAUGUUGUGUUCGUGACUUUAGCAUUUUUAACAGGUGUGCUUUGUACCCUCAACCAUCCAAAUGAUGAUGACAAGUGCCCAGGAAAUUACACAAACCCACUGAAAGUUCAGACGGUCAUAAUCCUGGGGAAAGUGAUCCUGUGGAUUCUGCACAUGUUCCUCGAGCGCUACAUCCAGUGUCACCACAGCAAAGCCAGAAAGCAAGGCUAUAACCAGCUAUACCGAUCCACUCGGCAUCUCAAAAGCCUCGCCUUCACGAUCCACUCCACGGGGAACACCGCCCUCCUCCUCAUCCUGGGCCUGCAGCACUCCUUCCCCGAGUUCAGCUGGCUGUUCCUUCUCCUCAUCCUCACCACCCUGGGCCUGGAGCUCAUCUGCUCGUUCACCUGGCUGCUCCUGUAUGCAGUGAAAAUCGGAAGAUUUAAUAGAGCUAAACCACAGCCUGAUGUUCUUGAAGAAGAAAAAAUCUAUGCUUACCCUAGCAGUAUUCCUUCAGAGACGGGAUUCAGGACUGUUUCAAGCUUAGAAGAAAUUGUUGAAAAGCAAGGAGACAUCAUCCUGUGCCUGAAGCGGCACAAUGCACUGUUGAGUAAACGGCUGUUGGCACUCACUUGUCCGGACCUAGGCACGCAGGCGUGACCGCUGUCCUAAUGAGAGUCCCUUCAGACCAUCCCCUAGCCAGCCCCCGAUGGGAGUUGGAAGUCACAGCCUCUGCUGAGCAACAGUUUCCUGACCUGGUUGGAAGCCUGGAUUUGGUUCUUACCUGUGUGGCUGUUUGGUAGAUGGGACUGGGGGGAGGGUGGGGGGGGGUCAUUUGGAAGGUCUUCGGUACUAGCCUUGAGAACUUGAGGAAAAUGUCUGUUUUCUGCAUUUUGAAAUAAUUUAACUUCUUGGCUUUUCCUGGGAUCAGAGGUACAUUUGAAGAACUCUAAUAAUUUGGCUCUUCAUAAAGGAAGUCUAAUGUGAUAAUCUAUUUAAACAGAGCUUUAAACUAACAUAUUCCAGGCCAUCUCUGGUAGCUCACACUGUAAUCCUGUCUACUCAGGAGGUUGAGAUCUGAAAUGAAGGCAGCCUGGGCAGGGAAAGUUCCUGAGUGCUUAUUGCCAAUUAAUCACCUAAAAGAUGGAACUGGACAUGUGGUGCAAGUGGUUGAAUACUAGCCUUUAGUUAGAGCACCCUGGCCCUGAGUUCAGACCCUAACACUGGCAUACACACAAAUUUGUUCACUUUAUUUUUACCCUUCAAGAAGUUACUAUGUAUUUCAGUAUUAAUUAUACCCUUACUGAAUCAAUAAGUUCAGUUGUAGGGAUAGAACCUUCUUUGGCUUAAAAUCUUAUUUAAAUAGGGUGAGAAGUGCUCAUUUUAGUGUUGGGUUGCACUUUAAAAUGCUAACAAAAUAAAAUGUCCUGUCAAC